AGCACACUGAUCUGAUGUGUGAGCUGUGGAUUACUCUGCUCCUGGUUGUUUUCAUAUUUAACACAGGCUGACUGACCUCUCAUACUGGGAGCACACUACUUUUACUGGACACUAAACAGACUAGAUGUGAUUGUGGGUUGCUGUGGGAGUUGGUCACCAUGCUUCAGUGGGUGAAAUGUGGAUCUGCCCUGCAACUGUGUCUGCUGCUCUGGAUAACAGGAACCAUAAUCCCCACAACACAAGGUAAAGUGAACCUGGAAGGCAACAAAACAGCAGUGAGCGGGAACCCUGCAACGCUGUCGUGCCAGUACAGUCUUCCAGAUAGGGUGGUUCAGGUACUGUGGAGGAAAAGGGCUGAGCAGGGCGACACUGUCACUGUAGCCUCCUAUGCCAAGAAUGCACACCCAAUCAUAGAGGAUCCCUUCCGGGAACGGGUGAGACUGAGUCAAACCUUGGGCGACACCCAGCUGACCAUCCAACAAGUCAGGACAAAGGAUGAGGCCUGCUACACCUGUGAGUUCCACACCUACCCUGAUGGCACCAGAAGUGCUGCUGCCUGCCUCUCUGUGUAUGUUUUACCCAACCCGGAGGUGACCCAUGUGACCUUAUCUUCAGGGGUUGUCGAGGCCAACUGCACCACUCAGUCCCGACCAGCUGCAGAGGUCACAUGGAAUGUUGGUGGUGACAACAAAACACUUGGACCACCCAUUUCCUCAGCAUAUGAACAAGGCGAUGGCACAACAGUUGUGACGAGCACGCUGUUCUUUCAGUCAAGACUACUCAGUGACGCAUCCAUAGAGUGCAUCGUGCACCAUAAGGGUUUAGAGAAAUCCAUUUCAGUGACACUCAAUGCAAAUGUGGGACCCUCCAUGGUGAUGGUGAUCUCGGUGUGCUGUGUGGUUGCAGUCCUGCUCCUGUGCCUCUGUGCUUGUCUCUGCAAGUGUUUAAUCUGUACCAAUGACUAGCUGAUGAGAAUUCCGGUGUGAUGGAGCUGCUCAGAACCACACCCACUGGCCAAGUGUGAACAGAAACAGAUCAGAGCCGACACCGCCGGCCCUCCUUCAGUGACUCGGGAAGAUGCUGCUCGUAUGGAUGCACUUAUAGGUGACCACUUUGCACUCAAGCCUAGAUGUUACACUUAGAGUGGAUUUGUCCUCCUGACAGCUUUUUGGAGCCGCCUCAAAAACAAUGGACUAAGUGGGAUUAGAACAGCCAAAUGUGUUCAAAGCCACUGAAGCUUUUGCCUGAUUUGAAGUCAUCACAGGUGUCUUGGUGGCUUCCAUCACUAGUUUAACUGAACUCCAAGCAAUGUGUAACUUUUGAACUCAGUUGCUGAUCUUUUAUCUGCUGACUUGUCAAUCAAACAGUAAAACUGUAUAACAUAUACCUGGCCAUGAAACAAAGAAUUGUCCUUUUAAGAAUGCCAAU